AUGGCGUUCCCAUUGUGCAAGGCCGCGGCGCGGGAGACGCCAGAAGCCCUCGCGGCGGUGAAGGUUUCGAACUCCGACAAGGAAGACACGCUCCCCGACGCCAUCCUCUGCACCAUCAUCUCGCUCCUCCCCACAAAGGACGGCGGCCGCACGCCGGCAAUCUCCCCCCGAUGGCGCAAACUCCGGCCCUCCGCGCCUCUGAACCUCGAGGUCCGAUCCCCUACCAACUCCCACUCCCCCUCCACUGUCCUUCCCUCAGCCGUGUCUGGGAUAAUUUCCAACCACGAUGGCCCCGCCCGCCCAUUCUCCAUCCGUUGCUUCCCCGAUGACCUGGACACCGACGCAGAGAGCUGGUUCCAUUCCCGAGCCCUCGCCAACAUCCACGAGCUCGAAUUCACCUACAACAACUACAAGCGCUUCCCUGGAUAUACUCAAGAGAACCUACUGCCACCAUCCGCGCUCCGCUCUCCCACCCUCCUCGUUGUCAAAAUCAGCCAUUGUGUCCCCCCCCCCUCCUUGCCGUCCAUGAAUCUCCCCCGCCUGAAGCAGCUCUCCUUGAUGUUCGUUUCCAUCUCGGGGGAUGUGUUUCAUAGCUUGCUCUCUGCAUGCCGUGCCCUGGAGAGCUUAUACAUGGCUGAAAUUCGUGCUACGGGUUGCCUCCGUGUUAGCACGCCGACUCUUAGGAGUAUUGGCUUCCGUAAUAGCGAUGAUGAGGCCGAACUGGUCAUCGAGGAUGCUCCUCACCUUGUAAGGGUACUGUUACCUUAUAUUCAUCACUCUGAUGAUUGUGCUACUAUACGUGUAAUUAGGGCGCCUAGACUGGAGGCAUUGGGCCCUAUCUUACCCGUCGUCUCCACGAUACUAGUUUCUCAGGGAAUAAGCCCACUCACCUCAGCAAACUCCAUGCGCACCGUGAAGGUUUUGUGUCUCAGGUCUUCUGGCUAUGAAUUGGACGGAGUUUGUAACGUCCUCAGGUGGUUCCCCUAUUUGGAAAAAUUAUACAUCAUCAUAAGUACUCAUCUUUUCCUUUUGAUUGUCUGCCUGGUUGGUAUAAAAAGUGCAUGCAGCACAGCAGCAGUACUCGACUGGGAGAGUUAUUGUGGAUCUAAUUAUCAAAAGAGUUUGGCAGACACACAGGAGAAUAAGAAAAAUGAGCCUCAGUAUGACCCACCACAUCAAAUUGAAUGA